GCAACCAUGAAAACCGAGAAGAGCCACGAGCGGGAUGAGGCGAACUGCAGGGCAGGGCUGAUCCUCCUCAGCAGGGACUGCACCGCUCCUGCUAGCAACGCGCUGGAGGCGAAUGGGAAACCCAGCACUCCAGACGCCGGGGGCCUGGGGCUGCCGGCCCUGAAGAACAAGAGGGUGAGCAAGGGCGAGCUCUCCAAGGAGGAGCUGUCCUGGCCGCUGGAGCUGGGGACGCAGGAGGUGCGGCCCCGGGGCAGCGCAGGGUGGGAGAGCAGCCUCAGGCAGAAGCCCCCCGUCCGCCUCAUCUUCCAGGCGGGGCAGACGCGGCAUGAGAUGAGGAUCAAGGAGACCAACAGCGUGGACACCCUGCGGGACCUGCCGACUCCCCUGCGGAGCUCCAGGCGGCGCCCAGCCGUGCCCGUGGCCACCAUCGACCUGACGACGGAGGGGGACUCAGCAAAGCUGGGCAGGAAGGAGGGCUCAGCAGGGGGAGGAGGCUGCUGCGGUGACGGGAAGGAGUUCGGGAUUGGGGAGCUCGUCUGGGGAAAGAUCAAAGGUUUCUCCUGGUGGCCCGCCAUCGUCGUCUCCUACAGAGCCACGGCCAAGCGCCCGGCCGGCUCGGGCAUGCGGUGGGUGCAGUGGUUUGGAGACGGGAAGUUCUCCGAGGUCUCUGCAGACAAGCUGGUGGGACUGAUGGCCUUCAGGCAGCAUUUCAACUCCUCCACGUUCCACAAGCUGGUGUCUUACCGCCGGGCCAUCUACCAUGCCCUGGAGGUAACCGUGGCAGAGCAGGAUGUGGGGCGCUUCUGCCACAACCCAGAAUUUAUCAUUUCCCCCAUCUCCCGGGGCGAUGAGCAGGUAAGGCCCAUGGUCGAUUGGGCGCUCACCGGCUUCAAACCCCUGGGUGUCAAGGGGCUGCGGCCGCCCAAAGACUCAGAGAGCGGGGCCCUGCGGAACGGCACGGAGGAGGUGCUGCCCCUCGAGCAGGUCCCCCCUACCAAGCGGCUGAAGAGCAACCCCUGCAACGGUGGCAAGGAGCAGCGCAUGGAGGAGGACCAGACCCGAGAACAAAUGGUUUCCCAAGUCACGAACAACAGCGGCAGUCUGGAAGACAGCUGCCUGUCCUGCGGGAGGAGGAACCCAGCCACCUUCCACCCACUGUUCGAGGGGGGGCUCUGCCAGACCUGCAGGGAUCGGUUCCUGGAGCUCUUCUACAUGUACGACGAAGAUGGAUACCAGUCCUACUGCACCGUCUGCUGCGAGGGGAAGGAGCUGCUGCUCUGCAGCGAUGGGCAGGAGGUGUCGUGGUUUUUGGGCAGAUGUUUCUGCGUGGAGUGCCUGGAGGUGCUGGUGGCGAAGGAGCAGGAGCCCUGGAACUGCUACAUGUGCCGGCCGCAGGCCAGCUACGGCGUGCUGCAGCGCCGGCACGACUGGGACGCGCGCCUGCAGGACUUCUUCACCAGCGACAAGGGGCAGGAAUAUGCUGCGCCCAAAAUCUACCCGACGGUCCCGCCAGCAAAGAGGAGACCGAUUCGAGUGCUCUCCUUAUUCGAUGGCAUAGCCACAGGGUACCUGGUGCUGAAGGACUUGGGCAUCCAAGUGGAGAAGUACAUCGCUUCGGAGAUCUGCGAAGACCCCAUCGCGGUGGGCACGGUGCGGCACGAGGGCGACAUCACCUACGUGCACAACGUCAGGAACAUAACCAAGAGAAACAUCGAGGAGUGGGGUCCCUUUGACCUGGUGAUUGGAGGAAGCCCCUCUAACGACAUUUCCCUCGUCAAUUCAGCCAGGAAGGGGCUCUAUGGUAAGGGGGGACCUCCGAGUUCUUCCUGGGCUCAGCUGCGGUGGUGGUGGCUCCCAUCUGAGGUGCACCCCCUGCAAAGCACAGGCUGUCCCCAUGCCAGUCGUGGUGAGGGGACAGCCAGGCCCCUGGUAGCUGGUCCCAGUUGUCCACUGCGGUGUCCCCCCGCAGAAGGCACCGGGAGGCUGUUCUUUGAGUUUUACCACCUGCUCAACUACGCCCGCCCCAAGGCCGGAGAGGAGCGCCCCUUCUUCUGGAUGUUCGAGAACGUGGUGGCCAUGAGGGUGAACGACAAGAGGGACAUUUCUCGCUUUCUGGAGUGUAACCCGGUGAUGAUCGACGCCAUCAAGAUAUCGGCUGCGCACCGAGCACGCUACUUCUGGGGCAACCUCCCGGGGAUGAACAGGAUUCUCGGCUUCCCCCUCCACUACACGGACGUCUCCAACCUCAGCCGCGGGGCUCGCCAGAAGCUGCUGGGGAGGUCGUGGAGCGUCCCCGUCAUCCAGCACCUCUUUUCCCCACUCAAGGAUUACUUCGCCUGCGAGUAG